UCUCAAGAAAUCAUCAUUUGCCAAUUCAUUUGUGCGUUGUGGUGUCGCGUGUCUCACACUGUUCAAAGAGCUUAAAGGCACCAAGUAUUUGAUAUGGAUGUUUUAGGAGUUGUGGCCCGAAUGAAUACAGUUUCAGAAGAUUUUCUUGUUUAUUGGGUUAAUAGUCAUGUGCUGGACCCUUUACUUUCUACCCAAACAGCUCCCGAGGCCAUCCCUUUGUGGAGACGUUCACUUGUUACUUGGUUUCUUGUAUACUUUGGUUCAAUAUUUAUCUAUUACUUUUUUGGUUGGAUUGAUUAUUACUUUAUCUUCCUUCGUAACGAAAAACGUAAGAACCCUCGUUUUCGUGUGAACAACAAUAUAUUGUGGAAGGAAAUAUGGAUGAGCACUUGGAGUUUGUUUGUUAUGUCAGCGUUCACAACUCCUAUGGAAGUAUUGGUACAAUUGGGUUACUCAAAAGUCUAUCACCGUGUCGAAGACUAUGGUUGGUUUUAUCUAAUUAUAUCUCCGUUUUUGUUUGUAUUUUUCUCAGACACUCUUAUUUACUUUAUUCAUUUGGGACUUCAUCAUCGACUUGUCUACAAACAUCUUCACAAGCCACAUCAUAGUUUUAUAGACACAACUCCUUUUGCUGCUUUUGCAUUUCACCCUAUUGAUGGUUUUCUUCAAGGAGUUCCAUAUCAAUUAUAUGUAUUUUGUUUACCAAUACAUGCAAGUCUUCAUUUAGUAAGCUUAACAGUGGUAGGAGUGUGGACCAUUAAUAUUCAUGACAGAGUUACUCUUCAUAUUCCUGGUGUGAAUGGAGCAGGACAUCAUCGUGUUCAUCACAAGACCUUUAAAAGUAAUUAUGGACAAUAUACCGUCUUUUGGGACAAAGUAUUUGGAACUUUUAAAGAUCCCAUGGAAUGGAUGCAUCAAGGUGCUUGGGAAGAUAGAGAAGAAGACGUAUAUGGUAAAAAAUAUCUUUAGAAAUGGAGUGGAUAUCUAUGACGAUGAUUUUUAUCUAUUUGUAUCAAAUAUGAAUUUUGUUAUUGUAAGGUUUUAUUAUUCCGAUAAAUAAUGUAUCAAGUGCAAUGUGGUUCAUUUUC